UCGUGCACAGACCAACGCGUUUCCCGAAUCUUUUUUCUUGUCUUCCCACCGAAACCGCUUCCCUGAAGAGAUGUGCUAAGGCACGAGCUUUCGUUGUAUGAUCAAGAGAUACUGUCGUGAUGCAACGACCACUCUGCUCUUAACAUGAAGCGCCAAUAUCACGACUCGUUUCCAGGAGAUUUCAAAACAGAUUCAGUCCCCAAACCCGACCAACCCUGACAGUAAACAGACCGUUUGUUCAGGCGAGAGAAAGAUUCAACUUUCAAGUCUUCGCAAUUGCCAGGUUUCCAAUUUCCUCGGGCCCUACAACAGCCCUCCGUGAAACCACCAAGGCAAUGCCUGCAUGACGACAUCUCAGCACCGACAACCACACCUACCUUGUAACCUCGCCCAUCAUCGCCAUGGCCCUCCGCGCAACCCGCACCCUCCUCAUGAGGGUCACCCAGCCCCCAUCCCCAGCCCGACAGACCAAACCGAGACCAACGACAAUCCUCGAAGUCGAGCGCAAGUUCCGCCGCCUCGCCGUGCCGACACUCACCGAUAUCUGCACCACCACCACCACCAAGAACCACAGCAAUCGCUACUGCUACAAGUACAAUCCGAAUCCCAAUUUCCGAUCCGUCGUCCCCCUCCCGACCCGCACGAUCCACGACAUCUACUAUGACACGCCGGACCACACGCUCUGCACAUCGGGCGGCGCCUGGAUCCGUCGGCGCAACGGCGAGUGGCAGGCCAAGUUGAAGCGGGGCGGCGACUUUGUGAACUCGCGCUUCGAAGAGCUGCGCGGUGCCAGGGAGAUCGGGAAUUGCAUCCGUUCGAUUUUGGGCGGCGUCAGCAGCGGCGGCGGUGUUGUUGUCUUCCAACACGAGGGGGAGAACAACUUUGGGCUGGAGAAGCUUGCCGAGUUCGUCACCACGCGCGAAGCGUGGUUGGUGGAUGGGGAGUUCAAGGUCGUGAGGGACAGGAUGGAUUUCGGGCAUGAGGUUGGGGAGGUGGAGUUGCAGGUUGAGGUUCCCAUUGACGAGGCGGAGAAGGAGAGAGGGGCGGUGAUGAUGGAGGAGAUGGAUCGGAGGAUCGAGGGGUUUAUGAAGAGGUAUGCGUGGGUUUGGGAGACUGGUGAAGCGGUGGGGAAAUUGACGGCGUAUUUUGAGAUGAUGAUGAGGGAGAAGAACGGGGGUGUCUGAGAGGGGGGCGGAUGGGGAGCACUGUAUCCCAGACAGAGCAUCGGCUGAUGAAAAGUCGUUGUUUGGCUGAUUGUGGUAAGGUACCUGCCCACACUGGAGUACUCCCGCGAUUACCUCAACCUGUGAGGUACCUACUAUGUGGGCAAGACUAGGUAGACAGUAACAGUGGGUAUGGGGGACAAACAUAUGCUUGAUAAACCAUAAUCCGCAUCAAUUACUACCUUGAACAA